AUGCCUCUGAAGCCCGCCAUAUCAGCUCUUGCGAGAAAAACGAUCAAGAUCGCCUACGACGAGCUUGACCGCACCAUUGCUCCAGGAGAUAAACGAGAUUUUGGCAAUACGACUCUCCAGAAUGUCCGGCAAGUGGCUCUCGACAUUGAAAAUCAGCUUGCCGCUCGGCAGUCGCUCCGCAACAUGCGCCGCCUCAUGCCCUUCCUCCAAGGGCUUGAGCACUACUCCAAGGUUGUCGACAUUCUGUGUAACGGCACACCCUAUUUGCCGUGGAUAUGGGCACCAAUCACUCUCAUUUUACGGAUAGCUUGUGAGUAUGUCGGGGCUUUUGAAAAGAUCAUCAAAGGUUAUUCAAGCAUCGCCGAGUCACUUAAGCGCUUUGAAAUCCUCAGUGAUGCCUUUCUUGGUAACCCGGAAUUCCAGCAGACGCUUGCUGUCUUCUACGCCGACAUUCUGGAGUUUCACAAGCAUGCUUAUAAGUUCGUUCGAAGAAGUGGCUGGAAAUUAAUGUUUCUCACUUCCUGGGGACGCUUCGAGAGAAAGUUUAAUAAUAUUCUCGAAGAUUUGAGACAACACGGCUCUUUGAUCGACCAGGAGGCUAACGCCCGCGAUAUAUCUGAAGCUAAGAAGAUGCGAGAAGAAAUCCGAGCCUGGAGAAAAGAGAGCCAAAGCCAACUCAGCCGCGAGGAGACUGAGCAGAGCGCGAAGCAAUUUGAGGCCAUCGCAUCGUGGCUAAAGACCAACGAAUCUGACCAGCUGGCCAUCUUCGACUCGAUAUCUUUAGAAGUGGCCGAGCACCAAGGAACCUGUGGAUGGAUCUUGAAGAACCCAAAGAUCAGCUCCUGGCUUCAGAACAAACCGAAUACUCCAGCACUUUGGCUGCAAGGACCAGCCGGGACUGGGAAAAGCGUUCUCUGCACGCAGCUGGUCAACUUCAUGAAGGCAUCCAACAUGUUUGUCGUUCACCACUUUUGCACCUACCGCUACGUGUCUUCGACCGCGUAUGAGCAGAUCCUGAAGUCGUUUAUUCUUCAGCUUGUCCGAGAGGAUGGCGAUCUGAUAGCCCAUGUCUACGAGGCAUACGUCUUAGAGAAGAAGUCGCCUACAACCACGGCCCUUGAGCAGCUCUUUCACACUCUUCUUGCCAACAUGUCCAACCAACCCAGCAUGUUCCUCUACGCUCGCCUUGUUAUGGACUACCUCGCGAGCAACAUCUUUUAUAGUAGCGACGAAAUCAAGCAGUCGGUAAACCAACUGCCGAAGAAGCUUGCAGACUUGCAUGUUUUAUGUUACCUUUUGCCUCUGAAACCCCAUGCUAAUACUCUCACCAGUUACCGCAAGAUGCUAACCCAGAUCCUGGUUCAGUUGGACGCUCGCUCCGUGGACCGAGUCAGGUGUAUUCUAGGCUGGGUUGCGUUUGCGAAACGGCCACUCCAGAAGCUUGAGUUCCUUUCUGCCAUUACAUUCAGUCCUGGUGACCCCAAGGUUGAUGUUCUUGCGCCUCAAUACAUACUGGACAUCUCUUACUGGACUAGGUUUCUUCAAAGCUCUUCGAGCAAUAUAGUGAUCCACAAGCAGCAAGCGCUUCACGAGCAUGGUGUAGCAACUGUCACCUGCCUUUUAUCUGGGUUUCGAGUCUUUGGAAGCAAGCUUUCUGAACAAGAGAGAUUCCUUCGGGUCGGCAAGGGCCUUCAUGGGUUUCACGUCUAUGCCACCGAGUAUUGGAGUGAGUACUUGCUGUCUCAUGUUGCAACGACUGACGGGCUCGCCACGGAUUCCCCUGCACCACUAACGAUUCUUGCUUGCCAAUUGGCGGAAGCGGUGGAGGUUUCAGGCCUAGGAAGUGUUGCGGAGCAUGAUAUGGGCACCAGUCAGCCUGAUGAGCGCCUCCAAAAUCUACGGCAAUACCCUACACUUUACAAUUGUGUUGGGAGAGCUUUGAAGGCUAGGUCUCUGAAGAAUCUUGAGGCCAGAUUGCUGGGAGGGUAUGGUCUCUCUGGGGACGAGAUGGAACUGUUCAGAGUCCAUUUUGGGACCGCUGCGCUCACUUGCCGAUUGGGAUCCUGUCCAAGGGCAACAUUGGGCUUUGAGGCGGAGAAACUCCGUUCCGAGCAUGAAAUGUUCCACGUCAGAUACUUCCCAUGCACGUUUCCCGGCUGUCAGUAUCCCCCUUUAGCGUCCGCUAAGGCACUAAGGAAUCACAUGAGCAAACAUCAUGCUGUAGUGGCAGCUAGGAAGAGGAUUCGCAGG